AUGUGCAGCGAGUGUGAGAAGGGCUUCCGGAGGAGCGAGAACCUGAAGCGCCAUUUUCACACGCACACGGGGGAGCGCCCGUUCCCCUGUGCCGAGUGCGGGAAAAGCUUCAUCCAGAAGCAGCACCUGGUGACACACCGGAGAAUCCACCCGGGCGAGCGGCCCUACCUGUGCAGCGAGUGCGGGAAGGGCUUCCGGACGCACCGGGUGCUGAAAGUUCACCAGCAAACUCACACCGGGGAGAGUCUCUUCGUCUGCUGUGACUGCGGCAAGAGCUUUCGGCACAAGCAGACUCUGGUGACGCACCAGAGGACGCACGCUGGUGAGAAGCCCUAG